CAGUGUUUCCAAGAUCAGAGAGCAAUACAGUACAGUCUCUCCUGCUUCGAUUUGAUCUUCUCGACUUCCCCUCCUCCUCUCCCCCCUACCGAUCCCUAAUCUUCCCUCUCUCUCUCUCUCUCUCCUCUUCUUUUCUUUUCUCUUUUUUUCCUUUACCUUGAUAGUUUUCGGGAAAAUCUUUUCUUUGGUUCCUCCGAAAAUUUGUCAAAAUCUGUUGUGUUGAAAAAAAAAAAAAAAAAAAGCACUAGAGAAAAGGAGGUUUGAUGGAAGAAGAAACUCUCGAGGAGUUACGGAAUGGCAAGCGGCCUUGUUUCUUUCACGUUUACUCCUCUGCUGGAAGCUCAGAUCGACUGAAAUUUCCAGUACCAUUCAUCAGACACAUGAAAGGCAGAACAUCUGGAUUAGUGACGUUAGUGGGUCCUAGCGGGAAUGCUUGGCAUGUUGAGUUAAUUCAGCAGAAUGAUGAUUUAUUCCUCCAUCAAGGAUGGUCAGCAUUUGUGAGGGAUCAUUUCAUAGAAUGUGGUGAUUUUUUGGUUUUCAGAUAUGAUAGUGAGCUGCAUUUCACAGUAGAGGUUUUUGAUGGUCAAAGUGCAUGUGAGAAAGAAGCUGCAUUUCAGUCUAAAUGCAGUCAAGACUCUAGCAACCUUAAUAGAGGUAUGGGACAGAAGAGAGAAAGAGAGCAAGCCACUUCCUCUUCGGAUAAAAUUUUUGAAGGUGUGCCAAAGAAAUUGAGGGGGAGCUAUUCGCAACACUAUCUAGAAUCUGAACACAAGCACCAGGAGGGCAAGGUGGAUAUGUCUAAUGGGGAUGGAUGCCGGCGUGAGCUGGUUGUUUUGGCUAAGACAUGUCAAGAAGCAAUUUCCUCCAAUAAAACUAAGCAAGGUGAUAGUCCAAUGAAGAAUUCUGAUAUGCUUUUUCAAUCAAAAGCUGUCAAGGAAAAGCGAGUCUCGGAUAUUAUUCAAUUCAAUACAAAGGCUUCCAUCCAGAGUAGAACCAGUGAAGAAGAUGAUCUAUACCUGCAUGGUAGAGUUGGUUUGUCAAUGUUGUCGGCACAUGAAGUAGCUCAAUCAUUUACUUCCUCUUUCCCUUAUUUCUUGAGAAUCAUGAAAAGCUUCAAUGUUAGUGGUUCAUACACUCUGAAUAUUCCGUAUAAGUUUUCGAUGGCACAUCUUCCAAACAGCAAAACUAAGAUUGUCCUUCAGAAUUUGGAAGGAGAAUGUUGGACUGUGAAUUCUGUGCCCACUACAAGAGUAAAUACAAGUCAUACUCUAUGCGGUGGAUGGAUGGCUUUUGUCCGUGGUAAUGACAUCAAGAUUGGAGAUAUCUGCAUUUUUGAACUGGUACAUGAGUGUGAGUUACGUGUGCAUAUCCUUGGGGUUGGAAGGGAAGUGCUAGACUGCCAAAAUGGAAAAGUAGUUUGUAGUAGGCCAAGUGCUGGACAUAAAAAUCUUAAAAGUUUGCCAAAGAAAACAAGAGGCAAAUCUCCUAAAGCAUCAAAGAGACACCAUGAACAGAAACAAUGUAGCACCAAGAAUUAUACCAAAGUUCCAGUUUCCUCUCAGUCAAAAUCUGCUAACAAAAAGCUGGUUGUUCAGAGAAAAAAGGUCAAGGAAGAUGAACUUAGCUCACAAAAUAAAGGCAGCAUGAGAAUGAUGUUAGCACUUGACGAAGAAAGAGUAGCUCGGUCUUUUUCUUCUUGUUUUCCCAUCUUUGUGAGGAUCAUGAAGCAGUUUAACGUCAGUGGUUCAUAUACUUUGAAAAUUCCAUACCAGUUUUCUACAGCACAUCUCCCCGACUGCAAGAGUGAGAUUGUGCUUCGUAAUUUAAGAGGGAAAUCUUGGACUGUGAACUCUGUCCCUGACUCUAAAGGGCGAAUGGGGCAUACAUUUUGUGGAGGGUGGAUGGCCUUUGUUCGUGGGAAUGAUGUUAAGAUUGGAGAUGUCUGCAUCUUUGAACUUGUUGGCAAAUGUGAAAUGCUGGUACAUAUAUCCGGCAGUGGAAAAAAAGGGCUCGACCAUCAAAGUGGCUCAGCUACUUCUAAUGAAUUAGCUGUUGUAACCUAUACCAGCAGUAAGCCUUCUCAAUGACCCAUGUAAAAAAAAAAAGGCAUCGACCUCUCUUAUAUGUUAUGGAAGAUAUUUGCUAUGAGCAACUCCUUUGUCUUUUGAUUCA